AUGAAGCUAAUGAAGUCACAAGGUGCGCGCAGCAGACAGCCAACAGAACGAGAGGUAGCCGCAACACCAAAUCGUUCUUCGUUUAGCAGUGGCCGAUUGACCCGAGGUGGAGCUGCACGGCAGACCACUUCAGCUUUGGUACCAGUUAGAGAGAAGCAGGCUAGAUGUCAAGCAUGCGGUCGGCAGCAUAGUACUUCAACGUGCAAAUUUAGAUUGUACACAUGCCGUGUGUGCAAUAAAGAGGGGCACCUUAUGAAGGUGUGUCCAAAAUACCGGUCAGGCCAGGUGUGUGCCCAGCCGGUGAAACGACUCGAAGAAACCUCGAGUGGAGAGGACACCGAUGAAGAAAUUAGGGAGGUUGUAGUGGUUUCUGAUUGCUCUGAAAUGAAGUCGCGAGUUAGGGGGGAGCGGAGGGCGGCGGAGGGAAGGCAGGACUUGGAUUUGCCACAAACGUCCGUU